AUGACUGUUUCUAAGGCAGAAGAACAGAAAGCUGGCGCCAUGUACACUUCGCCUUACAUGGCCGAGUUUUACGAUGUCUACUGGAAAGAUUUCUUUUCUACCACCCAGGACUGCGCAAUUUAUGCGAAUCAGCUGCAGAGCGUCCGUGACCAAACGCCAUCGGGCAGCCCACUACUGGUACUGGAUGUUUGUACUGGUAGUGGUCGCAUCAUCGAGGGAUUGAUCAGUAGUACGCAAGAUGAGAAUGACCGAAAAAUCCAUUUCAUCGGUCUUGAUAUCGCCGAAGAUAUGAUCAAUCGAGCGGUGAAACUACGGCUCCCCGCUUCUGAAACUGCAGUGACUACCUCGUGGGUAGUGGGAUCUGCUCUGGACCUGAGGACAUCGCUGGCAACCAUUGCCCCAAAGCAAAAGGUGGACCUGAUCACCAUUGCUUUUGGAAGCAUCAGUCACUUCCAUGAGGAUGGCCAACCAGAGCAAUUUCUCCGUGAGGUCGCUCAGCUCCUUCGUCAAGGCACAGGCCGUGCGGCUAUAUCUUUCGUGUCUACAUUUGUGAGCCCGGAUGUUCCAAUCUGUCUACCAGGGGAAACCCGAACACCCGAGAUACCCAGUAAACAAUUUCCUGGUAUCUACUAUCAGGAGACCGCACUGGAGCCCAGUGCGGGAAACUGUAUCUACUUGGAUCGACGUGAAGUCACCGUUAUCAAGGCUGACAGCGAGGGGAAUCGGAAAGUGUUGUUAAAGCAGGAAGUGAACACCCCCUUCCGGAUAUUCAGCGAAGAGAAAAUCCAUCUUAUGAUGAAGCAAGCGGGGCUGCGGAUUGUCGAGAUCAUCACGAUUCCUGAGGAGUACAUUUGGGUGGUUCAACUACAGUAG